AUGUUCUGGGGUAGCAAAACACCACAGGAGCCCCAAGAGGCGCAAGCCGAUUCCACUCCCCGAAACGAUCCCACCGUCUCCGCCUCACAAGCCGCCGGCACCGCAUGGCUCGCCGGACAUCUGCACCACCUAACCCCGGAGCAGGAGGAGAAGCUGCAGGAAUUCAAGGCGCUGUGCGCCGAGCGAGGAUACUACACUCCUGCCGUGCAACAAGCGGAUGGUGUGGAGGCAAAGCCCGCCAGCCAUGAUGACGCGACUUUAUUGCGAUUCCUACGAGCUCGCAGGUUUGAGACGGAGCCUGCUUGGGCUCAAUUCAAGGAUACGGAAGACUGGAGGAAAGAUAAUGCCAUUGAGGCGCUAUACGAGAAUAUCAGUGUGGACUCAUACGAGGCUGCUCGACGGAUGUACCCUCAAUGGACAGGCCGUCGUGAUCGCCGCGGAAUCCCCGUCUAUGUCUUCGAGAUCCGCCACCUGGAUAACAAGGCCAUCGCCGCUUACAAUGCCACCAUGACCACCGGCAUCCCCGAAACCCACAAGUCAUCCACCGUCCCCGCGCGCCUGCUGAACCUCUUCGCCCUGUACGAGAACCUCCUCCGGUUCGUGAUGCCACUCUGCUCGGCGCUGCAGCGUCCGAACCCAGAAACCCCCAUUGUGACCUCGACGAAUAUCGUCGAUGUCAGCGGUGUGGGACUGAAACAAUUCUGGAAUUUGAAGACCCACAUGCAGGAUGCCAGUGUGUUGGCUACGGCUCAUUACCCGGAGACACUGGAUCGGAUCUUCAUUAUCGGAGCCCCUUCGUUCUUCCCUACAGUCUGGGGUUGGAUCAAGCGCUGGUUCGACCCAGGCACUACAUCCAAGAUCUUUAUCCUCUCCGCUGCUGAGGUCGGCCCAACUCUCACCUCCUUCAUGGAGCCUACUAGCAUUCCCAAGCAGUACGGCGGCCAGCUCGAGUGGCAGUGGGGCGAUAUGCCGAACCUCGAUGAGCCCAGUCGUGAACUACUCAGUGGUCUGGAGCAGCCGCUUGCUGACGGCCAGACGCGCAAGGAAUUGCUCAAGGGUCCUGUGUUGUUCGAGGGUGAUCAUCUCAGUGUGCUGGGCACUGUGGAUGGGAAGGAGCGCAGGGAGACUAUUGCUGUGCCUAAGACGCAGGCUUUAAAUGGGUCUGCUGGUGAUGCAGAGAAGGAGGACAGCGAGACGCUUGUUGACAAUGUGGCUGACAAGGUUCACCAGCUUGCUGUUGACGAGGCGACGAAUACUGUUGCUGCAUAG